AUGUUUUGUCUGAAACGUGUCAGUAUUCCUCUAAGAUUACUGCCCAAUUGUUUGGCAAUUCCAAACAAUCAAACGACAGCUGCCUUUAUACACACCACUCCAAUAUGUCAAACAUUUUGGGAACGUGAGAAAAAGUCGGGAUAUAAAACUGCCUUACCGGAACCGUCGAAAAAGCAAAUGAUCAUGGAGGGCCUGAAGGAGCUUAAAAGUGAAAUAAAUAUGUGGAAAGAAGAAAUGAAAGAAAAAUUCGAAUCCGACCCACUGUUGGUGUUUCGACCGGGAGAAACAGAUAUUGUUUUUAAUUUCAAAGAUAAGUCGUCACUGGAUAAAUGGGUUGUAACCACCGAUAUGGACCACAAUGAGGGUAAGAGUACAGCCAAGCUGGAGUUAAGCAACUCUGGGGCUGGUCUAUUUCAUGGUGUGGUCAACUCUGAACACAUUAGGGAUGGUGUUAUCAAACGCACCGGUUAUGCCAAUAUACGAACAAAAAGAGUUAGGAAAUCUUUUAAACGUGAAGCCACCUUUGACUGGAGUCAAUACAAUAUGUUGGUGUUGAAGGUGCGUGGUGAUGGCCGCAGCUAUUUAAUUAAUCUGCAUUGUGAGGGUUACUUCGAUUUAAUGUGGAAUGAUGUCUACCAUUAUGCUUUAUAUACCCGAGGUGGACCUCAUUGGCAAAUUGCCAAGAUACCAUUUUCGAAAUUCUUCUACUCCUCCAAAGGCCGUGUCCAGGAUCGUCAACAGGCCAUACAGCUGAAUCGUAUAACACAUUUUGGUUUCUCGGUAGCUGCCAAAAAUGGCAUGGAUGGUCCAUUUAAUUUAGAAAUUGAUUAUGUUGGUCUAGAAUUCGAUCCUAGUCAUCAUGAAGAAUUCGCCUAUGAAAUGUAUAAAACUCCAAAGUAUAUUGUUGGUACAUAGUUUUUUAAAA